AUGAAAAUGCUGAAAGCACUUUGCACAUUCACAGCUUUACUUGUUCUGCUUUCAAUUUUAUGUUCAAAUAAUGUUGAAAGUCGAAUUGUUCAUGGGAAUUUGAAACAUAUGCCAUUAUCUCAAGUUGAUUUUCUUCGUUUUGACAAAGGAAAAGGCAAUAGUGACUAUAGCGAUGAAGAUCAUGAUCAUGAUGGAGAAUAUAUUCAUACUAAGCGAAAAAGUGAACUUUUAUCAUCUCUAUAUGGCUUACCGUAUGCUCUUGUUGGUAAACGAAACACAAAAUAA